AUGGAUAAUGACAAAGUGUUUUAUAGCAACAGGCCACCGAGGAGAAAAACUGCCUCCAUGUGUGACCCUGAGGAUGUUUAUUAUCCAGGCAGCACCCAGUGCAGUGGGAAACAGUACCACAUGGGAACUCAUUUUUCGUCCUCUUGUGCUGACCUGCGAUAUGGACUAGAGAAGGGCCGUGCCCCCAAUGCAUCUCUUGAUGAUGAUACUUCAUUGGAUGAAAUCAUUCCUCUUGACCAGAGCAGUAAUGUACCUUAUGACUGGGCAGCAAGAGUCAUCCAAAGAACAUGGAGGAAGCAUGUUGCCAAAGUUUUGUUCAGACACUUGAAGAACAUUGUUAGAUUCCAUAAUCAAAGUGACCCACGUCCUCUGCUCAGACAUAUUAAUCCAAGAGAGGCUGAAAUCCUCGAUGUUGCUACAGGGGCCUACAUCCGUUUCAGAUUGGGUGGAACCUCUUUUCCACCAAACAUCUACUACAAGAUUUUCACCCGUUGUCCAAUUGUGGAUUUAUGUGCAAGUAGCCCACGUGACUAUACAAGUGCACAGCAGAAGAAGCCUCUCCCACGACAAAUCUAUAAUUGCCAUCUAGUCACUUAUGAUGAUCGCUCUGGCUGGUACUGUCGUGUGGAGAAUAAUGGCUGGAGAUUGCUAUCUCGAAAGGAGACCCCUCUUGGAGAUCCCAUCACUUGGUUAACCAGUCACAAGAAGCUUAAGUUCCACUACUCAAAAAUGUGCAGGCAACGAGACUUUGAGAGGAAAAAGAAGAUCAGGAAAAUUGAGUGGAUGAGGAAAAUGUAUGAAGUGGGGGCCCUACAUGCUCGUACAGAGCACAGAGAGACAGCAGUGCUGGUGGAAAGGUCGACGGAGGGGAUGAUGAAUGCUGUUGAGCAACUGGGACCAGAUCACGUCGCAGAUUGGGAAGUGGAUGAGUUGGUUGAGUGGACCAACGCACUCAACUUUGAUGAGUAUUUAAAUGAAUGGAGAGAUUUAGGAACCAGCUACUCCCCACAAGCUUGCAAAGACACGCACACGGUCCUGUGCAGACCUGAUCCCUCUGAGUUUGCCAAGCUAAGUCAGGAGGAUAGUCAGCUGCCUGCAGACAGCAGCACCCUCCACCUUUAUGAAUCAAGUCUGAUCAAGUCAGAGCAGUCAAGAGUCAACCUGUCUGACUGA